UUAGAGUGAACUACCUGCUCUCCUCCAAAGGGACCAGUUCCAGAGCCGCAGCUGCUUAGGCUGUUACUAGAUAGACUAUCUCAGCGUGGAUCAUGUGUCUGGAAUGCGGAACAGCUCAAGCCAAUUCUGCUGCAAGCCCCACUAGUCCCACCUCCCUGCAGAGCUGCUUGAGUGACAAUUUAGUGCAGACAACAGCCCAUGUAUGUCAGACAGAAACCCAGAGUGCCAUCCCUGCACACAGCAUGAUUGGAAAUCUGGCCUGUACCUUGGGAAGACAAAUAGGUGCUGUGGCUCCUAGGAUCAUCCAGAUGAGAAGAUUCCUACAUGGAACUCAUUUCAGGGUUUCAUCUUCUGUGGAGGAAGCUCUGGCUGAUGGGAGACCGAUCGUAGCCUUGGAGAGCACCAUCAUUACACAUGGCAUGCCCUAUCCCCAGAAUUUGAGCAUGGCCAGAGAGGUGGAAGAGAUUGUAAGGACAAAUGGGUCAGUACCUGCAACCGUGGGCAUUUUAAAUGGCAGGAUCCACAUCGGCCUCAAUGAUGAGGAACUUCAGUUUCUGGCAAAGAGCAAAAAUUUAGUUAAGGUAUCUCGAAGGGACCUUCCCUACGUUCUCAGCCAGGGUUUGUCUGGCGGUACCACUGUGUCAGGGACGAUGAUUGUGGCACACAAAGCAGGAAUCCCCGUGUUUGUGACAGGAGGGAUCGGAGGGGUCCAUCGCGAAGGAGAGAAGACUAUGGAUGUGAGUGCUGACCUAACCGAGCUAGGACGCACUGCAGUUGCUGUGGUUUCCGCAGGCGUUAAGUCUAUUCUGGACAUUGGUAGGACGCUGGAAUAUCUGGAGACUCAGGGUGUCUGCGUGGCUGCCUUUGGAGACUCAAGGGAAUUCCCUGCCUUCUUCUCCCACCAGAGUGGCUUCCAAGCACCGUGUCAGGUGCAGAAUGAGGAGGAGGCUGCCAAACUUAUUGCCAGCACAUUGGCACUGGGCCUGGGCAGUGGAGUUCUGAUCGCAGUGCCCUGCCCUAAGGGGGAAGCUGCUUCAGGACAGGUCAUUGAAGAUGCCAUCCAAGAAGCUCUGAGCAACGCCCGGUCGAAAGGGAUCACAGGGAAAGAGCUGACUCCCUUUAUGCUACAGAAGGUGAAUGAACUGACUAGUGGAAAAUCGCUGGACUCCAACAUUGCUCUGAUCCGGAACAAUGCCAGAGUGGGCAGCCGCAUAGCUGUAGCCCUGAGCAAGAUCCAAACUGCCACACGGAAGGGCAACCUGCCUCGGCGUGAGAAAGUAACUGCACGUAGGCCUGUGGUGAUUGGAGGCAUCAAUGUGGACUUCAUAGCCAAGGCGAGGAAUACCACCAUACAGGCUGGCGGACAGACAAACGCUGGGCAAGUGAGCCAAUCUUUCGGAGGUGUGGGGAGAAACCUGGCAGAUUGUUUAAGCCGUCUUGGGAAGACCCCUCUCUUUAUCUCAGCUCUGGGGAAGGAUGAACAUUCAGAGUCCAUCUUGCGUUACUGUCGCCACAUGGACAUGGCAGGAGUCCUUCAGCUUGCGGGGCACAGUACAGCUACCUACUGUGCAGUGAUUACAGGCAGUGGGGAGCUCAGCCUUGGCUUGGGAGACAUGGACAUCCACCAGCAGAUAACAGAGCAAUAUGUGUCCAGGUUCAAGGAGAGUCUGUGCUUGGCCCCACUGGUAUGUAUUGAUGGGAACGUGCCAGUUGCCACCAUUCAGUACGUCUGUGAAAUUGCUACAGAGCACCAGAUAGCCGUGUGCUAUGAGCCAACAGAUGAGAACAAGGCUUCUAAGCCAUUCCUUUCAGACAGCUGGAAAGCGCUGACCUACAUCUCCCCCAAUCUUCGAGAACUAAGGGCAAUAAAUCGGACCCUCGGGCACCCUGUGCCGGCAGAGCUGCCAUCCAGGCUGGAGGAUGUUGUCAGGACUGCGAUGACCCUAACCCACCCCUUGCUGACACAACUGCAAUUUGUGGUGGUGACACUCGGCAUGCAUGGAGUCCUCUUGUGUGGCAGGAGAGUGGAAGGGAGUGUCUCGCUGUGCCCUGGAACUCGCAAACAGAAUGCUGCAGGCGAGCUCUGUGCCACCCACUACCCAGCAAUCCCCAUCUCCAGGGAAGAGAUAGUGAAUGUCUCAGGAGCGGGUGACAGUUUAAUGGCAGGGAUAAUCGCUGGGCUUCUUGCUGGGCAUGACACAGACACCUGCGUCCGGAUGGGCCUGCUCGCUGCCUGCCUCUCCCUCCGUUCAUACGAGCCCGUCUCCCAGGAGAUCAGUACUGUCAGCGUGAACCUGGAGCAGUAUACCUGUCCUGGGAUUCAGUCUAAGACCUGCCAGAAACCCUCAGACUGUGAUGGCUGCUUUGGUCUCUACACCUGCAAACUGCCUAGGAGGAAGUGUGGUUUGAAAGCUGUUUCCAGGAAAACAGGUGGAUUCUACCAAAGCCUACACAGCACCCGAGGUACUUGAUCCUGCUAACUGCUGAAUGACACAGCACGAUAUCAAGCUGGAAAAGUCGUACUGCAGCCUAGAGCCCCAAACUUUUUGUAUUUUUUCAUAGCUCUCAUUUUAAAUGUUGAACUAAAAACUUCAAAGAUGUAAGAAUUCCAUACAAGAAACAUUUCACAGUCUUGCUUUUUAGUCUUCAACAUUCCAUAUGGUACAUAGAUUUGAAUUGCUCUUUCCUUAAGACUACCAAUGAAACUAUUUCAGUGGCUACUGAGCCCCUGGGCCUGAGGAGCACAUUUGCAUGAAUCUUACUAAACAUAGGCCAC